UGCAUCUCUCUCUCUCUCUUCUUUAUCAGUAUAUGAGUAAGAUGUAUAUGUCUCCAGGGGGAUACAUGCCCUUAAUGCCUAAUGGCACAAGCAACACGCAGAGUAGCAUGCAGAGCAUGAUGCAGAUGAGUUUCUACUGGGGCAAAGAUGCCACAGUGCUUUUCCAUGGUUGGCCUGGUAAGAGUGUUGGCAUGUACAUCUUAGCCAUCGUAUUUGUGUUUUUGUUAGCCAUGGCUAUUGAGGUUUUAUCAAACCAACCACUCAUUAAACCAGGGACAAGUCCCCUUGUGGGAGGACUCAUGCAAGCUUUUGUUCAGUUUUUUCGCAUCAGCUUCGUUUACAUGGUGAUGCUUGCAGUCAUGUCCUUCAAUGGAGGAAUAUUCAUAGCUGCUGUGGUCGGCCACACCUUGGGGUUCUUCAUCGCCAAGUCUCGUGCUCUUGCUCUCGUCAAUAAGGAAGAAGACAAAGGGUCUUCCUCGGUUAGGAACAAUGUUUGAUCUUUUCUGUAAUAUGUGUUUAUCAAGUUGCAUGGUUUUGUCAAAGCUUAUUUUGCCUAUUACUUAUAUGCUUGUUUUUGUUAAACUUCUUCUGCUUUAUGGUUUUGUGUUUUGAUCUUUUUCUAGCAUGUGGAUAUAUAAUUCUCUUAAUUAAAGCA